AUGUCAUCCAACAGACAUCACUUGGAUGGAACUACAGAGAGAAAACAACAUCCUGAACCAAUGAUUGAUAACGUUGUUUUGUCUGAUGAUCGUACCACUCCAACAGGACCUGUCAUACUCCAUCAAAAUGUCUUUCCAAAACAACCCUCUGUCUUCUCUCAAUCUUCGAAUUCAUCAUCCCAUAGCUCCAUAAAUUCGUUAGGACAGAAAAUGAUUUCCAAAAUACAAGAAGUGGUUGCUUCCACGCUGAUCGUAUUGGUCGAUUCUAAAAGCAAACAGGGAUGGAAAAGUUACUUGCUGAUAUUGAGCUUGUAUAUUUAUGCUUGGAUUGGUUCUCUUGUGAUUGGACUUGAAGGAGAAUAUAAUUUUGGACUCUACGGUGCAUGGAUAUGGAGAGUAUUCAAUUAUUUGGUGAACUUUUCAAUGUAUUCAAUUCCAUAUGAAGCAGCCAUUGCAUUAUCAUCGAUAUGUAUCUUGCUUUCCCUUUCAGUGUUAUGUCUAUUUCUCUAUACUUUGAGAGUUUAUCAUAAGGCAGAUCGUUCCAUCAAGAGUGUUCAAUCAUUGAUGAGAGUAUUGGGAAUUAUCAUUUAUUUUGGACAUUUAGUGAUGACUUAUUUGAUGACUUCCUUCAUUGAUUGUAAUUAUUCAAGUUCAGUCACUUUUGAUGGUUUCAGUGAUCCUCAAAAAGUUUUGAAUCGAUUUCCUUAUUACAUGUGCUUCUCUUCGAGCAAUAUUGCAUUAAUUGUUUUGAAUUUUUUGGGAAUUAUUUGUUUAAUUCUGAGCACUAUAUUGUGUAGUUUUGUGUUGGGAAAUAGUCAUAUUCGAAGUGAGACACCUUUCAUUGUUGACAAUUCAUUAUUCAUUGGAAGUGUUUUGGUCAUUUCAGAGAUUCAAAUCACAUUGAAUGCAAUCAUUCCAAAUUCUCUCAUGUUUGUGAAGAGUAUUAUUCAUAUUCUUCUCUCAUUCACUCUCUUUAUCAUGCUCUUGUAUUUACUUCCAUAA